GACCAGACAUGUUGCCUCCACCACCAAAAUUCCUAUUAUCCCCUCCAUCUUCACACCACACACCAUUUUCUUCUUCUUUUUCAACUCAAAUAAAUAAAUAGUAAAUAACAACAAUAAUGCUUCAUCAAGAAAAAUAAAUAAAAAAGAAGAUCAUUUCUUUUUUAUUUUUUUUAAUUGGUUCUUGAACGCCGAUGGUAGCAUGUGUCGACAUGGCAUUCUCCGACGUCGUUCUGCCACCGUCGUCGUGCCUCUGCUUCUUCAAGCCGCCGCCACCGUCGUCGUCGCAGCUCACCAAUGCUAGAAUCAUGGGCUUCGGCUUCGAGUUUCACAGGAAUGGAAGAAGAAAGCUUCGACGAAAACACCUCAAGUUCGUCAUCACCGCUCAACUCUCCAACUCGUUUUCCUUGAGCUUCGGUCUCGACUCUCCGAGCUUCAAUUCCCUCCAGUCUCAUGAUCCAUCACAGUUAUCAUGGAUGGGUCCAGUUCCAGGUGAUAUUGCUGAAGUGGAGGCAUAUUGUAGGAUUUUUAGGAAUUCUGAAAGGCUUCAUUCUGCUUUAAUGGAUGCGUUAUGUAAUCCGUUGACCGGUGAAUGUAGUGUCUCGUAUGAGGUUUCGUCGGAGGAGAAGCCUCAGUUAGAAGAUAAAAUAGUUUCUGUCCUUGGAUGCAUGAUAUCCCUUGUGAACAAAGGGAGAGAGGAUGUUCUUUCCGGAAGGUCAUUGAUUACGAAGCCCUUUCGUGUUGUUGAGGUUAGUACGGCGACUACGAUGGAGGAUAAGCUCCCUCCGCUUGCUGUUUUUAGGAGGGAAAUGAAAAGGUGUUGUGAGAGCUUGCAUGUUGCCCUUGAGAAUUAUUUAGAACCUGGUGACGACCGAAGCUUGAAUGUAUGGAGGAAACUUCAGAGACUGAAGAAUGUCUGCUAUGAUCCUGGUUUUCCUCGCGGGGAGGGUUGUCCUUGUCAUACAGUGUUUGCAAAUUGGAGUCCUGUAUAUUUGUCUAGUUCUAAAGAUGAGGCAGAAUCCAAAGACUCCGAGGCAGCUUUUUGGACUGGUGGUCAGGUAACAGAAGAAGGCUUAAAGUGGUUACUGGAUAAAGGAUAUAAAACGAUCAUAGAUCUUAGAGCGGAGAAUGUCAAAGAUCAUUUCUAUCAACCAGCUUUGCAAGAUGCUAUUUCGUCUGGAAGAAUUGAGUUGGUGAAAAUCCCAGUUGAAGUUAUGACUGCACCUACAAUGGAACAGGUUAUGAGGUUUGCAUCUUAUGUUUCAGAUUGCAGCAAAAGGCCUAUAUAUCUUCACAGCAAGGAGGGAGUUUGGAGAACAUUUUCCAUGGUCUCCCGAUGGAGGCAGUACACGACUCGUUCUACAUCACAGAUUGAUUCUAAUCCACCAGUUGCUCCCUAUAAAAUUUAUAGAAAUGGAUCUGGGGAACUGCUGGACUCUUCACUGACUGCAGAGAGAUCCUCCCUGGAAAAAGAUAUCGAUUCAUCGCAAGACAAUGCAGGCUCUGAUAGAAUCAACACUGAAAACAAUUAUGAUGAAAAAACAGAAGGUAAUGCGGCCUUAACUGGAACUACUCCUGAUAAUGGGAAAUUAUUAAAAACCACUGCUGCUAAUGAGGAAGGAUCUUUUCCAAGUUUCUUCAGUGAAAUUAACCCUUUAAAAGCUCAAGUUCCUCCUCGUGAUAUCUUUUCCAAAGCAGAGAUGUCCAAAUUUAUGGGAAGCAGGAAGAUCUCAUCUCCACAAUCAAGGAAAUUGCAUGUUGGUAGACUACAGAAGGGUGUGAUUGUUGACACUGGUGCUAAUCCUGUACCGAAAACUGUAAAACCUGAAAGUUCAAAUGGGGCAACCCAUGUUGAUUAUCCGUCUGGAGAGUCCCAGAUUACAGGUGGUGGCAAUUUGAAGUUAGUGAAUGGGAGUACGUCUAGUUCUGUUAGGUCAACAGUAAAUGCAUUUAGUAAAGGAGGAUUGCAUCAUGUGACUAAUGGCAAUGUCUCCAACAUUGCAAACAAUGAUAAUGUGACAUCUAGCUCUGAAAGGGUUGAAGAUGGCAUGGUUAAGGCUGGGUUAGCCUUACAUGAUGAAGACUUGGGAUCUGUUGAAGGAGAUAUGUGUGCAUCUUCAACAGGAGUUGUAAGGGUGCAGUCAAGGAAGAAAGCGGAGAUGUUCCUAGUUCGAACAGAUGGAUUCUCCUGUGCUAGAGAAAAGGUGACUGAAUCUUCUUUGGCUUUCUCUCACCCUAGCACCCAGCAACAGAUGCUUAUGUGGAAGACUACACCAAAGAAUGUGUUAGUGUUGAAAAAGCUGGGGGACGAACUAAUGGAAGAAGCAAAAAUGGUCAUUUCUUUUCUAUAUCACCAAGAGAAAAUGAGUGUUCUUGUCGAACCUGAUGUUCAUGAUAUACUGGCUAGAAUUCCAGGCUUUGGAUUUGUUCAGACCUUCUAUACUCAAGAUACCAGUGAUCUACAUGAGAAAGUAGAUUUUGUGGCAUGCUUGGGUGGAGAUGGUGUCAUACUGCAUGCAUCAAAUCUAUUCAGAACUGCUGUUCCCCCUAUUGUGUCAUUUAACCUUGGUUCCCUUGGUUUUCUGACUUCUCAUAAUUUUGAGGACUACAAGCAAGACUUACGACAAGUCAUCCAUGGAAAUACUACACGAGAUGGUGUCUACAUUACUCUUAGAAUGCGUCUCCGAUGUGAAAUUUUUCGUAAUGGUAACGCAAUGCCAGGGAAGGUAUUUCACAUCCUCAAUGAGGUUGUUGUUGAUCGGGGUUCUAAUCCAUACCUUUCAAAAAUUGAAUGCUACGAACAUGAUCGACAUAUAACGAAAGUACAAGGUGAUGGAGUCAUUGUGGCCACCCCUACGGGAAGUACUGCCUAUUCCACAGCUGCUGGAGGUUCCAUGGUCCAUCCAAAUGUUCCGUGCAUACUUUUCACCCCAAUCUGUCCACAUUCGCUUUCAUUCAGACCAGUCAUUCUUCCAGAUUCUGCUCAACUAGAAUUAAAGAUUCCAGAAGAUGCAAGAAGUAAUGCCUGGGUUUCAUUUGAUGGGAAGAGAAGGCAGAAACUGUCAAGAGGAGACUCUGUCAGAAUAUGCAUGAGUCAGCAUCCCCUUGCAACUGUUAACAAGUUUGACCAAACUGGUGAUUGGUUCCGCAGCUUGAUUCGCUGCCUCAAUUGGAAUGAGAGACUUGAUCAAAAGGCUCUAUAAUGCAUAUGAAAAUGAAGAACAGAUAUGGAUUAUCUUACCAUGUAGACAGGCGUUGUGUAAUUAGUAUAGAAAUUGUACAUUUAGAUGACUAAACAUAGCAGAUACUACCAAUAUAUUGCAUUGGCUUCCAUUGUAAAGAUAGGGUGUGCCAAUGAUUUUACAUGUUACAAAGGCAAUUUGCGGUUGUAUAUACAAACUUUAAUAACAAGCAUUAAAUUGUUUACUUUAGAA